AUGAGCUUAGUUACGCACUCCAACGAUAACUUUUUAAAUUCUGAUUGCAUCAACAACGAAUCUUCUAAUUGGAAUACUUUAUAUGGAUCAACUAUUUGGACGGAUAGUAGAUUAAGAGAUGCUAUUGUUAAUGCACCUUGUAAGGAGCACAAAACCAAAACCUACUGCUACACGUGCAGAGGGAAAAUAAGAAACUAUGGGGUCACGCCAUUAAAAACAAAUUUUUUACCUAAUAAUCAUUCCACUCCAAAAUUAAAUUUAAUGAACACAGCAACGAAAUUAGAAGCAUCGAAAAGUACAAUUGAGAGUUGCCCUGAAAAUAUUUGCAGCCCGAAUAACUCGUGUAGAAGAAAAACUUCUAUUAAUGAUAUUAACUUUAGUAAUGUUCAACUAGCCCAAAAUAUACCAACGAUAUCACAACAUGUCGAUGGGAAUGUCCGCAGUAAGUUUACAAGUACAGAGUAUGUGCAGCCAAUCAAUGUUUCCCAAAGAAGACUGAGAAAAAGAUUUAAAGGCAUCGGCUGUGUAGUCAAUUUUUCAUUAAAUGACAGCCCAAAGAAGAAACGAACAAAAAUGCAAGCAUGCUCAAUAGGAUUAAUGAUUGUAGCGAUAGUACUCAUUAGUUUAAUAUUAGUAAAUUUUACAACUCCUAGUUUUAUACACGCAACUAAUGAAACAAGUGCAAGUUUUGUGCCAAUAGAAGACAUAUAUUUUAAUGAAACUACUUCAGCCGUUGUGAGUAUAUAUCCGGAGGCAUUAUUUCCUAGUGUAAAUAAAAUAAACGUUACAUAUGAAACAACGACCGAAGAUUCUAUAGAUUAUCGUAAUAAAAGUAACGAUCUUUUGAAUAUCAUAUCAAAAAUAAGAAAAAACAUAAAGACUUACCCCAGGGUGGGGAAAAAAACCGAAGAAACAAAAGAUAUUGUAAACAGAGAUCUGUCAGCUGAUUUUUGCUCGUGCCAAACAAAUGAAGUAUGCAUGUUAGAUGAGAAAAGUGGAACGUCUAUAUGCCAAGUUGCCAUAGAUUUAGAGGAUCCUACUGGUUGCGGAGGACUCUGCGCAUUAGAAACAGAAGCUUGUCAGCUCGUGGAUAAGUCAAGGGGUGUGCGUAUUUGUAAACUGUUAACCCAAAUCAAGUGCUCGCCUCAUGAUUGGCGAUGCCGAGACGGAUUCUGUGUCCCAUCUGCAGCAAGAUGUGAUGGUUUCAUACAAUGCUACGAUCGCUCCGAUGAAAUGCAUUGCGAAUGUGAUUUAAAAAAGCAAUUCCGAUGUGGUAAUUCAAUAUCUUGUUUUCCCAACAAAAAGAAAUGCGACGGUUUUAUUGAUUGUUGGGAUGGAUACGAUGAAGUUAAUUGCACUUUAGAAUGUCCGGAAGAUCAAUUCACUUGCAAUGAUGGUCAAUGUAUAAUUUCUUCAAGAUUUUGCGACGGUCUAGCCGAUUGUGCUGAUGGGAGCGAUGAGCCGCAAGGAUGCGGAGGGGCUUGUGGUACACAUGAGGUCCAAUGCCGAAACCAUCGUUGUGUUCCACGCAGUGCUGUGUGCGACGGACAAAAUGAUUGUGGUGAUAAUUCAGACGAAUCACAAUGCUCUUGA